AUGCAUCAAUUCUACAAGGGCGAGUUCUUCAAUUUUGAAGUUAUUCGCAUCCUUGGUACAACCCGCACUGGAGGCGCCGACGUCGCAGAGGUUCUCGACGCUGUGGGCCAAAUCAAGGAAAAUGACCCGGUGACCUGGCACAAGGCGUGGUCUAUGCAAGCCGAAAAGGUCGAGCAGCUUGCAGACGAAGCUCUAAGCAAUGGCCAUCGCAAUUCCGCGCGCAUGGCCUACCUCCGAGCCGCCAACUAUCAACGUGCCAGCGCCUACAUGAUGUGCUCGGCCGUCCCCACAAAAUCAGACCCUCGUGUCGUUCCCAUCCUGCGCAAGACUGUCGAGCUUUUCCGCAAAGCCAUUCCGCUCGCGAACAAUCCCAUCCACAUCUUGGAGAUUCCCUACGAGAAGGGAGUCAAGUUCCCCGCAUAUCUCUACCUUCCCCAAGCCUCAUGCCGGAUUGCAGGCAAGAUUCCCCUCGUGGUUAACCCGGUUGGUGCCGAUGGAAUGCAAGAGGAGGUCUACCACAUGUACCCCGCUGAGGGUCCUGAAUUGGGAUACGCCGUUUUAACCUUCGAAGGUCCCGGCCAGGGUCUUACUCUCCAUGAGCACAAUAUCCCGAUGCGACCUGACUACGAGGUUGUCGACAAGAUCGUGUUGGAUUACGUCCAGAAAUAUGCAGAGCAGAAGAAUCUCGAGCUUGACUUCGACCGCGUCGCCAUUGCCGGGACCUCGCUUAGUGGCUACUUCGCUCUGCGCGCCGCAGUGGACCCACGAUACAAGGCCUGCGUCGCCGUCGAUCCUCUCUUCGACUUCUGGGACUUUGCGACCAAGCAGGUAUCGGCGACCUUCCUCAACACAUGGCUCAAGGGCUGGAUUCCUGAUAGCUUUGUGGACAACAUGAUCUGGUUCGGAAACAAGUUCGAUUUCCAGAUGCGCUGGAACAUUGCCAUGUCCGCGCGAUUCUUCGGAGUAUCCACCCCGACCCAGAUUCUCAGGUCGAUGAAGCUGUACACUUUGCGCCAGGGGAAGGGCACCUACCUCGACAAGGUGACGUGCCCAGUCUUCGUCACGGGCGCUGGAAAGUCUCUGUGGCUCGAAGUGGACGACCAUACCUCCAUGGUCUUCAACGCACUGACGAACCAGAAAGAGUCGGACAAGGAGCUCUGGGUGGCCACCAAGCCGGGCGAAGGUGGUCUUCAAGCCAAGAUGGGUGCUAUCGCUCUGUGCAACCAGAAGGUAUUCCAGUGGCUUGACAAGCGCUUUGAUAUCAAGCGUGAGAAACUGUAG